UUGGUUUAUGGAAUAGCUGCUACGAAACGUAUCUUGUAUUCAUGAUAGUGACGUCUACCUCCAUUGCAGACGCCCCAUUCAGCCACCGUCCUCUACAUCUACUAAGCUCAUAAACAAUCUGUAAACCAGCUCACUGGAUCAAACAAUCAACGUCAUAAUCAACCAAAAACCAGUUGAGAGUACAUUUCGUCGUACCUCGAUAAUCAUAGCAGUUGUGGUUUACGCGGACUUCUCCCAAUUAUCCAGGUGCCAAUAACACAGAAUCUACACAGCAUCCAUCCCGUACUAUCAAACCCAACACUGCAAAUCCUCCGCGGCCCAUCCACCUAAACCUCCGUCGCCAUCGAUAGCAAUCAGUCAUGUCCAAGCAUCUCCUCCAGAGUAUGAGUCAGACCUCGCUGGUUCCGACGCUGUACAUAAAAUCCGCAGUAUACGAUACAUGUGCAGAUCAAUUGCCAAGCGCGCUUUUGGAAGAUGACAUCCCUGAGUGAGUUCUCGGACUACGUGCACAAGAUCUCCGCCGAAUCGGCGGCGUCGGGCGCGAGCAGCACAGCAGCAGCAGCAACAACAGGAUCAAAUACGACAGGGAAAUCAGCUUCAGGAGCUAAAUCGGGACAAAAGCCAUCGGCAUCGAUACAAUCUGAGCUUGACGUCUUUUCCUCGCUGACCUUGUCCGAGCCGGCGACCGGCGCAACCGACGCCGCCCCGCGAUUAUCAUUCAUGACCUGUCUUCUCUCCGCCGACACCAACGCCGCCAACGCAGAGCAAGUGACUGCGACACUCAAAGACCUCAUACUCGACGGCCGAGGCGAGUGCGUCCUCAGAUUCGACCAGGACCCCGAGGAUCCGAGCAUAAAAGUCCAGCUGACCGCCGCCGAGUUUGCGAAAGCCGUGACGAAUCUGAAGGCGCUCUGCGCGCGGCCGCAGCUCGAGUGCGUGGUCACGGAUCUGUACGAGGCAGAGGAUCCGAAGACCGGGCUGAAGAAGGGCCAGGUGUUGGUGCGGGAGAGGAAUGUGUCGGUGUCGGAUUUGUUGGAGAUUAGGGUGGCUGUCGUGGGUAACGUCGACGCGGGGAAGUCUACCUUACUCGGCGUGCUUACAAAAGGCGGGCUCGACGACGGCCGCGGUAAAGCGCGGGUUAAUCUCUUUCGACACAAGCAUGAGAUCGAGUCGGGUAGAACCUCGAGUGUGGGGAUGGAAAUCAUGGGGUUUGACGAGGAAGGCAAAGUCGUUGGCGCGAAUGACGGGACCCGGAAAGCGUCGUGGAAAGAGAUUGUGGGUGGAAGUAGGAAAGUGAUUACGUUUAUCGAUUUAGCGGGCCACGAAAAGUAUCUGAAAACUACAGUUUUUGGAUUGAUGGGUGGAUCCCCUGACUAUGUUAUGCUCAUGGUUGGAGCGAAUGCAGGAAUGAUAGGCAUGGCGCGCGAGCAUUUAGGUGUAGCCUUGGCUCUCAACGUCCCUGUUUUCAUCUGCGUGACCAAAAUCGAUAUGUGCCCACCAAACAUUCUACAAGAAACCCUGACACAGCUGUCCAAGAUCCUCAGAUCCGCAGGAUGCCGCAAAAUACCACUGCUAAUCAACUCAUUCCAAGACGUCGCCGAAGCCUCGAUGACGUUCGUCUCGCACCGCGUGUGCCCGAUCUUUCAAAUCUCGAGCGUGUCAGGCGACGGCCUCGACCUCGUCCGCAUGUUUCUCAAUCUCCUGCCCUUCCACGGCCAAUUCGACACCACCGGCCCGUUCGAGUUUGAAAUCAACGACACCUUCUCCGUGCCCUUCGUCGGCACCGUCGUCUCGGGCGUCGUGACGAGCGGGAGCGUCAAGGCCGGCGACAACGUCUACAUCGGCCCCGACUCGCUCGGCCAGUUCGCGCUCUCGGCGAUCCGGUCGAUCGAGCGCAAGCGACAGCCGGUCGACGUCGCGCACGCAGGCCAAUCUGUCUCGUUUGCGAUGAAGAAGAUCCGGCGCCGCGACGUGCGCAAGGGGAUGGUAGUCUUGGCCGCGGUCAAGGACGCGCCGGGACCGCAGUGCGUGCGCGAGUUCUUGGCAGAGGUGUUGAUCUUGCAGCACGCGACGACAAUCAAGACGCGGUACCAGGCGAUGCUGCAUGUGGGCGCGGUCGCGCAGACGUGCGCUAUCGUCGGACUCGACCGGCCGUAUAUCAGGACCGGCGAUCGCGCGAUGGUGCGGUUUAGGUUCAUGCUGCGGCCGGAGUAUAUCAAAGCUGGGCAGAAGAUUCUGUUUCGGGAGGGGCGCACGCGGGGGCUGGGCGUUGUCAAGGAGGUGUUUUAUGGGUUUUAAUUGUGUUUAUUUCUGAUUUGUUUAUAUUGUAUUUUAUGUUGUGGUUGUUAAUAGCAGUCUUUAUCAAUUCCUAUUAU